AUGGAGGACGAGAACCAAGGCAAUAUCGCCGAUUCAGGAGAACUCGUUCACGACUGGGCCGAAUUGACUCGCGAAUGCCUCAUCAACAUCCUAUCGCGCCUCUCUUUGGAGGACCGAUGGCUGGGAGCAAUGCGGGUGUGCAAGGAGUGGCUGCAGGUAUGCAAAGAUCCGUGCUUCAACUCCGCGUUCGAUCUCGAGACUCACUUCGACUCGGUCACUGAUUCACCCAGAUUCUGGACCCCCGAGUUCGAGAGCAGGAUUGAUAACAUGAUUGGAUCAGUCGUCGGAUGGAGCGGUGGGUCCCUUACCGAAAUCCGUGUUAGACACUGCUCGGAUCGCUCCCUCUCUUUGGUUGCUCAAAGGUGUCCAGAUAUUCAAGUUCUCUCUAUCAAGAGUUGUCCUCGUGUCUCUGAUGUAAUUAUGGCUGAAAUAGCUUCUGGGUGUCCCAAGCUUAAGGAGCUCGAUGUCAGCUAUUGUUAUCAAAUAUCUCACAAGUCUUUGGCAACCAUUGGAUCACAUUGUCCUAACUUGCAUAUUCUUAGGCGGAAUCUGAUGAAUUGGGUGGAUCCUUCACAGCAUUUUGGAAUCGUUCCGAAGGAGUAUCUAAGUGCCUAUCCCCAGGAUGGGGAUUCAGAAGUUGCCGCCAUUGGAAAAUUUAUGCCUCAUCUUCUGCAACUUGAACUCCAGUUUUCCAAGUUGACAGGCAAAGGACUUGUUCUGCUCUCUGAAGGAUGUCGGGACCUUGAGUAUAUUGAUCUAUCUGGAUGUAGGCGCGUGCCUCGUCAAGCUAUGGCAUAUGCAUCAUCAAAUCUGAAGAAGUUGAAAAACAUCAAGCAGCCCAACUUUUAUAGCCCGAGGUCUAUUUUCCGCAUGGAAAGAUAUGAUCAUCCGUAA